AUGCGUCUGUGCAGCAAAUGCCUGGUAAUCAACGACCAGUACACGCACGCCGGCCGGUGCUUGGUUCCAAACCGGCAGCUGACCCUGGCACUGGCCAUCGUCCAGCUGCUGAUCACCGUCUCGUCGCUUUGUCAGCACUUCUUGUCGGUGGUCAGGUACCGGACGGUGUUCCGGUGCGCCUACGCGUAUAACUCGACCGUUGCCCUGGACGACCGAACCUGCUUCCUGUCCUUCGACAUCAUCGUCUUUGACUACGGCUUCUUCCACCUGCUGCUCGGCACUGACCAGUGCAUCGCGAACUACCUUGACGGUGGCUACCUGCGCUUCACCUGGUGCUUUUUCCACACCGUCUCGUUGGCUCUGCUCGUCAAUGUGUGCUGCUGCCGGCGACCGUGCACCCUGCUCAUGCGUCCGGCGUUGUUCAUGCAGAGCAUUUACGCGUUGGGAUUAGUGAUCUUGGCGCUGGCCACUCUCCCGAAGACCCUGUCCAUGCUGAUCAAUCAGCUGUCGUCGCGACUUUUCUACCUGACUGUCAUCUACUACAUGGGUCUCAGCGUCAACUGGUGCUUCACACUCGUCCUGUGGCACCUGUUCUGGCACUUAAGGAGCUCGCUGAAGACGACGAAGGCCGCCGCGCGAACUACCUUGACAAUCAGGCGAAAUUCCGCAGUGAACAGGAAAAGUUUCUUGCUGUCUAAUGACGUGGCACCAAUGGUCGCCCUAGAACCGUCACGAGCGUCUCUAAGCUGA